CGCCAGCCUCCCGGAUCCGGCCCUGCCGCGCUCCCUCCACGCCCCCCGCGAGCCCCGGCCACCCGGGAGCUGAUGUCCUGAGGUCGCCGCCCGCGGGCGCUGCGCCCCGGCCCGGGAGCUGCCCUGGGAAGUUGGGGCGAGGCGCUCCGGGUAUGCGCCAUCACCAUGUCCCGCCUGGGCUCGUGGCUCGGUGAGGUCCAGUGGCUGGUCUUGGUGUCGCUCUUCGUCGUGGCCCUGGGCACGGUUGGCCUGUACCUGGCGCAGUGGGCGCUGGCCAGGGCGCGACCCCGGCCCCCGCGGCGGGCGGCGGAGCCUGGUGAGGGCCGGCGCCCCGAGUCGGACACUCUGCUCGCCUGGAUCCUGACGCUGAACAGCUGGAGGAGCCAGUGGCAGGCCGCCUGGGUGACGGCCCUGAACGAUGAGGCCAGACGGAAAGGGGGCCCGCUGCUCCUUUCCUUUGAGGAGGACCCGCUGCAGCCGCCCCUGGAGCUGGCGGUGCAGCAAGUCUGGAGUGUGGCCAGGUCAGCCCAGGAGAAGGUGGUGUCCUGUCACGUGGUGGGCGAGACCCUUCAGUUCCUGGUCAGCGCGGGGCCUGCCUCCCCCCAGGACGCAGGGCGCCAGCUGUAUGGCGUGCGACUCUCCCCGUUUCGUUUACAGCUGAAGCUCCACAUGAAAGAGAAGAGAGAGGACAUUCAGAUCAGCUGGUCCUUCAUCAGCGUGCCGGAAAUGGCCGUUAUGGUCCAGCCCAGAGCACUGGGGGAGGACCGGGCGGUCAAGACGAAGGCAGUGUCUGAAACGCUCCAGGAUAUUUUGAGGCACCUGGUUAGUUCCGCCUCCCCAUCAGUGGUUCUGAGCACCAAGCCCAUGGACGUGAGGGAAGUUCAGAAUCUACAGUGCGCUUCACGUACUCCUCAGGAAUCCUGUCCUCCCAAACCUCCCAGGGCUCACGAAUUCAAACUCUUGGUGAAGAACAUCCGAGCCUCGCUGCUACGUGAUCCCGGUGCUUCAGGCCACAUAAACCCACUGUGUGUAGUUCAGCUGAACGAUCCUGUUCAGAAGUUCUCCAGCGCCCUCGCGAAAAACACUACCGACCUCAUUUGGGAAGAAGAAUUCACCUUUGAGUUGAAUGCUAAGUCGAAGGAGUUGUACCUGCAGAUUUCACAGGAUGGGCGAGCCUCAGAAGCUCUGCUGGCCAUGACGACUGUUCCUCUAGAUUUGUUUAAGAAGCAGCCCUCUGGGCCACAGAGCUUCACUCUGACCAGUGGCUCCUCCUUCGGCAGCUCGGUGUUGGGGUCGGUCACGGCGGAGUUUUCUUACGUAGAACCCGGUGAAGUGAAACCCUGGCAAAUGCCUCCUCCUGUUCCUGCUGCAAAGAUAGAGAAAGACCGCACGGUGAUGCCGUGUGGGACUGUGGUCACUACUGUCACUGCCGUGAAGAGCAAGCCUCGCUUUGACACGGGGAGGGCAUCCCCACUGAGCUCUGAGUCUCCCCUGAGGACGCCUGUCAAGGUGAGGGUGAUCGAGAAGGACAUCUCCGUCCAGGCCAUCUCCUGCCACGGCGCUCCGGUCAGUAAGACAUUCUCCUCGUCAGAUACAGAACUGUUGGUGUUGAAUGGUUCUGACCCAGUGGCCGAAGUCGCCAUUCGACAGCUCAGCGAAUCUUCGAAGCUGCCGCUCAAGUCGCCGAGGAAGAAAAGCACCCUCAUCAUAUCCGGGGUCUCCAAGACCUCACUGUCUCAGGACACUGACGCCGCCCUGAUGCUGGACUACGUGGGCUCCAUGGACAGCGCCCGCCAGGCGGACGCCCCGUCCCAUCCGGGGGCGGCCGCAGCCUCUGACCCGCCCGAGGAAGAGGCCUCAGCCCAGGCCCCGGCGGCCCUGGAGCCCCAGGAGAGUGAGCUAGACUCCUGGGACUUGGAGAAGGAGUCACAGGCCAUGGCGUGGGGCAGCCAAGUCCUGCUGGACCCCGACGGGGACGAGCUCUCGGAGAGCUCCCUGAGUGUCUCGGAGCCGGGCGCUGCCAAAAAGCAUAAAGGAGGGAUUUUAAGGAAAGGCGCAAAGCUGUUCUUCCGCCGACGGCAUCAGCAGAAAGACCCCGGGAUGAGCCAGUCGCACAAUGACCUCAUGUUCCUGCAGCAGCCUGAGAGGGCCCGGAGGAAGGGGACAACGCUCACCAGGAUCCUGAACAAGAAGCUGCUCUCCAGGCACAGAAGCAAGAGCACCAUGAACGGCGCCCCCCCGGACCCCUGUGCAUAGGUCCACGGUUGGCAGCCUCUUUACCUUGAUGCUGUGAGAUGUGGGCCCAUCUUAACUACCUGCCAGGACAGAGCGAGAGGGCCAGUGAGCUGUCGGAUGGCCUGCCUUGCCUAGCUGGGUUUUACCCAACAACUUCAUCCUUUAAAGGGGAAGAAAAAUCUGAGUCUCCAACCAGGAGGUUUCCACCAGAGAGAACCCACAAAGCUUGAUUUGCCACCAGAUGCCAAAGGAGACUUGAUGGGUCCGCCCAUUGGGCUGUGCUCAAAUCUAAGAGUUGCAGUCAAUAUUAGAAGGAUAUUUACAGGAUGAACUCAAGAACAUGCUGUAAUGGACUGUGGAUGGGGCAGGUUUGGGGGACUCAACUCGACCCACUCUGUGCUCUAACAGAUAUUAUUUUGGGUCCAUGCCUGGACCGCAUCACCAAGAGGAGGCAUCCCUCUGUGCUGUCACUGUGAAUGGAAUGGAUGGGUUACCUCUCUGAAUGGGCUACUCAGAAUAAAAAAGUGUAGCUGGCCCUGAGUACAGAGAGGUGGCACAUAGGCAGGAUUGUUGGUAAACAGAGAAAUUACGAUAGGAAUGGAAACACUAUGACAAAUGUAAGAAGACACUUGCCUUUGAUAUUAGCCAUAUAACUUGAAAAAUUAUGCAAAUACUAAAUAUAUCCUAUGCAUAUUAUGCUGAACAUUUUUCUAAGUUUACUUUGAGCCUAUUUGCAAGGUGGGAGAUAUAUAAAUUCUUAAGUGGUUUUUACAUUUUUCUCUAUAGUGUCAAAAGCUCUAAUAAUACCAGUGGAGCAGUCAACACACUGAUCUCUUUUUUCCAGUCUGGCAUACUUGCUCAACAGGAGUGCAGUGAGCCUCUCAGAUGAAGUUGGGAGUGAUAAGUGACAGCUAACAGAACAUGGUAACCACGCACACGUGGUUUUUCUUUAGUCCGAGGUUGGUUUGCCAAAUAUUGCCAAUAGCCGAAAUAAAGUUCCCUUAGGGUAAAAGACAAAAUUAUUUGAUAUCUCAGCUGUGAGUCUUAGGAAUGGAAGUUUAAUAACCAAUGGGCCGAUCUUGCAUCAGACUCCUUUUAUGAGCUCUUUAGAGUUCUACUGUGAACAGUGCUUGACACGUUUUGGGGUGCCCUUGUUUUGAUUUCCAGUGGAAAAAUUGAUAAGCUUGGCACAUAAUUUUAAUACCCCUAUGUAUCUUUCCAACCACUUUCCACUUAGGUUCUUUCACAAUUUCCUCAUUGGUCCACCCCGUCCUGAAUCUGCCACUUCUAGGAGAUGUGCUUCUUCAAGAGCAGUUGUCAUUAGGGUGAAAGGCUUGGACAGUUGAAUAAGAUUCAUUUUCCUCCAGUAAGAUUUAAAAGGCUAUUAUGAAAACAACUUUUGUCACGGACGUGAAAUUGGGUGAGCUCCUUCCUACAGGUGUUUUUGUUAAUCCUUAAACAUAUUUCAGGGGUCAUGGAGCCAUUGAUGA